UGCCGCUGUCGCUAUAGCCUCCCCUAUCGCCGAUCCUAGUGCCCAGGAUAGCGAUGUCUCUCUGCACGGCCGCUAGAUGGCUAAACAGGUCACUGUUAAGUGCCCCGACGGAACUACCUUUACGGUAGACGAAAUCUACACAACUAGCGGCGUGUUUAGGCCCUUGGGGGAUGCCCUUAUCGACCCUAAGAAGAGCAACCCUGUUGGCUAUCCUAAGUAUUUCGGCAACGAGGGCACAUACGGGAAAUCUGUGUUUCCUAGUUCAUCUUCCGGAAAGAUGUAUGAGUUUCCUAUUAAGAAGGAUAAGAUAUGGAAAGCGAACGAACGCGAUAACCCGGCGGGCAUAUACCGCAUCGACAAGGAUAAGAAGCCGACCGACAAGAUUAAGUCCCGGCAAUGGGUCUACACUGGCGUUAUGGCGCACGGUACUGGAAACUCCUAUGAGAGGUAUGUGCCUAUUUAGUUAUUUGACUUAAGGCACUCAACCCUGUUCUCAACCUCUUAUUCUUGUUUCUGUUUUAUUACCGUUGGGUUAUUAGAGCAUGUAUAUAAUUUUCGUUGCUAGUCAUUCUUUCAAAUCCAG